CUUUUGCCCUCACCGCUGCAGGCCAAACCCCCCAACACCAGCUCUGCCACCAUCCGCUGCAGCCAUCUACACACCACCACCGCGUCGGCCUGCACGCGAACAUGACCACGAAAUCACCAAAGACCCUCGUCGUCACACUCAAGCUGUCACCAGACCACCUGAACAAAUUCUCACGCCAGCCUACACCACCACCCAAGGAAGAGGCCAAGCCAUCUCCGCCAACGCCUGCGCCGCAAAUCAACGAACCCACGCCUGCUGCCACACCCGCCGACUCAACCCCCAACAUGGACGGAAGCACGCCCUCGUCGCUUGCUCCCCCCGCCGCCAAGAGGAAGGGCCCAAAGCCCGGUAGCAAGCGGAACGCCGCGCAAAUGGAGGCUGGUUCGAGCGCCGCGACACCGCCCAAGCAACCCAAGGCCAAGCCAGGGCCAAAGAGGAAGAAGAUGGGCGACAUGAUCAACGACCCCAACUCCAAGGGGCCCUUCCCAACACCCGCAGCCAUCAACAAGGCAGGUCCCAAGGCAAACCUGGGAGCCAUCAACGAGCGCCUGCGCGCCCUCGACAGGUCAGGGGCCAAGUGCCGUCGAUGGGAGAAGAAGGGAUUCCAGGUCCGCAGCUUCACCGGCGUCAUGUGGCAAGUGCCUACCUAUCAGCCAGGCCGCAAAGGCGCCUUUCCCGACGACGUCAAGAGCGACAGCACUGGCACUAGCGACUCCAAGCUGAAGGACGAGAGCAGCGCAAUCAGCGACAAGAGCGGACUCAACGGUGACAGUACACCGGUGCCGACAGCGAUGAACGGCAUGGCAAGCUCUCCCGCCCCUAUACCCGCUUGAGUCUUGCCCAUCAUUGGUCUUGUCCUCCUUGAUGGACUUGUAAUAUGGCUUGCGCCUGUUGCGGCCUCACAUCACUUUAUUUCUUGCGACAUGUCUUUUUACAUCAAUUUGCUUUCUUUGUCUUGUUCGGCGUUCACGGAGCGCAUUGCAUAACUAUGUAUAAGGCGUAAUUUGGGACUUUCCACGGCUUGCCACAGGCAGCAUGGUGUCUGGCGCACAAGCACGUCGCUGGACAGCUACAUGUACUAGAGAUGGACCUGGUUUCCGAAUGGCGAGGAAAAAGGGGCUUUGCAUAGCACAUUCUGAGAAUAUCGAAUAUCAAUAACUGACUACAAGUACUUGAUCCAUGUGUCUAGCGUCCAU